UGAUGAACAAUGUGCUGAUAAACAAACAAACAACAAUGAGACGAAAAAUCAGCUGCAAAGCACUCAUCCUUUGUGCUCUCUUCAUAGCUCAGAGCACUGCUACAGAGUGCAACUCAACUGAAACCAAUGACACAUCUAGCAGCAUUAACUGGAUUGAAAAGAACCUUGGCAAUUUCUCCAAUUAUGCGUCUUUGGAAGAGCUGAAAAUUCUAAAUGCAAAUUUGUCUAGCGUUGCAGUGUUAGGCUUACUGUCCAGUGAGCAGAAGGCACAGUUCAUCUUGCAGCCGGAUUCAGGAGUGUUGGGAAAUGACUCUGUGUUUAGAGAGGUGUUUAGCAGUGUGAUCACAUCUUUAGAUCUGAAUCAACUUGGCGGCUUUUUCACAGCCUUCAAUCAGACUGCAAUACAAAUGAACUUGACCAGCAUUCCUCCAACAAUAUCAGACGCCAUUCUGAACAUGACGCUCUUGUAUCUGGUGCCUCACUUCCAAAGUUUCAGCCCAGAUGACUUUGCCCUGUGGUUCCAGACUUACCUUUCCUUCUUCCUUCCUGGGAUUGGUCCAAACACCCUGUCCAUCAUCCCCAUGAACAUCAGCUGUGACUCCUACAGAGAGAUAGUGAAAGGACUUGAUCAUGUGUACAGUGACCUCUCUGCAGCACAGUCCAACAUUGUCUUCAAUUACACACAAGACUAUCUCAAGUACCAGUCCAGCCAAGGCCUGAGCUGCUAUGACAGCGGAAGCUUCUACAUGUUCCUGAAAGGGCUGUUCCUCAGUUUUGGAUUCCCCGACCUGAAGGAUUUCCUGUCUCUGAUCCCACCUGACCGACAGGAAGAGCUUUUGGACUCCAUCUCUCCUGAAGAACUCAGCGAGUUUCUGAACAGGCCGAACACAGUCGUUAAUGGUUCAGAGCUCUGCACACUCCUCAACAGCUACAAUAGAACCGAUCAGUUCCUGGAGAUGGAGCCUGUUUUGUCCUCAGCUCUGGCCAGCCAAACGUUGGAGUGUGUGUGGCCUCGAGCUCUCAGUGCCUCAUCUCAGGCUGAUGUAGAACAGUGGUUUAAUGUCACCCUGGUUCACUACCUGCCCUACCUCAGUUCUCAGCUCAUCAGCGCUGCCGAACUCAGUGGCGCCUCCUGUCUGUCAUACAGGAAACUGGUGUCUGUCCUGGGGGACAACUACAACUUUUCCGCGACUGAUUUCACCCCGGCUGAUGUGUACAGCUCUAUGAAAGUGUAUCUGAACAGCAGCGAUGGCAGCCCCCGCUGCUAUAACUCCUCAGAUCCUCUUCUGAACUCCAGUGCCUGGUUUGUUGACAACAUCGGAUUCUUCAUCACUUUCAUCAACCUCGUUGAUCUGCAAACAUUCCUAUCAGGAAGCAUGAUAAGUGUGUUCCUGGAGAACUCAGAAAAUCUUCAGCUGUUCAACAACUCAGGAAUUUCAGCUAGUGUCCUCGAGUACUAUACAACAGCGUUAUACAUCCAGAAUCCUGAAUUCAGCCCACUCGGUUUGCCAGCUGAGCUGCUGUGUCAAACUCCUUCCUCCGUGUUUGUUCAUCUUGGAGAUGCAGACGUCAAGACCAUCCUGGCGAGCAUCAACAACUUCUGCAGAGAAAUUAAUCCGGAGGUCACAGCGGUGCUGGUAGCAAAGUUCCCCAAUGUAUCUGCAUCCACCAUCCAAUCUUUGGGCAGCCAAUGUGUGGGCCUGACUGUGGGCCAGAUAAGCUCCGCCCCCUCCGAUGUGAUAAACAGUGCUCUGUCUACACUCGGUAACAUCAGUGGCUGGGAUCAGGGCCAAAUGAACGCUCUCAUCCAGAGCAUCAUUAGUGCAGGCUUUAAUAUCAGCAGUGCCUCCUCUCUGGUGUCCCUGGGAACACUCAUCGGUGGCGUUCCCUCUACAACCAUCUCCAACAUCCCAUCUUCUCAGCUUCUCUCCUUAUCGCAGAAUCCAACAUUCAUCAAUAACAUUCUGUCAGCACCAGUUAUUCUGCAACAGACAUUUGUCCAGAAGGUAAUCUCUGUAGACCAAACCGAAGUGAUACAGAAUGUUCCGGAUGCACUGGUGAUGUAUAUUCCACUUGUUCUACUGACAUCACUGAGCUCUGUUGACAUUUCCCUCAUCAAUAACAAGAGCUGGAGUCAUGAACAGGCUAUGGUGUUGUUUGGUGCAGUGGCCAGUGCCAGUGAUAAUCCAGAAGAUCUGUCAGCAUCAGUACUGCAGGGAUUCUCCUGCAGCUCAGUUCAGACUCUCCCACAGCAAAAAAACAAAGGUCUAGUGAAAGCCUGUAGACCACGUGCAGGCAGAGACAAGGUCCUCCUGAAAGAGGCUCAGCUGACCUGCAUGUACAACUAUGUGAAAGACGAUCCAUUUGUUGACUUUAUCGACGUCCCCUCUGAUAUGCUUCUGUACUACAGCUAUGAGAAGAUACAGAAGGUGAACUGCCAGUCAUAUUUCAGUGCCCUGGGCAGAGCAGAUUUCUCUGUUCUUUCCCCUGCGCUUGACAAAAAGACCAUCCUGUUCAACGAUGCAAAGGACUGCUUGGGUAUAUCUGGCGUGAGUCUGACCAGGGAUCAGGUGGAGGUUCUAGGGAAUAUGGCCUGCACACUGGACUCCUCCUACAUCCAAAAUUCUGACCCUCUCAUUUUGGAGAAACUCAAGAACUGUGGAGAUCUAUCUGAUUCUCAGAUUUCCGCUGUACAGUCACGGCUCCUCAGUGGGAACACCGCGUACGGUAAUCCCUCCACAUGGAAUGAGCAGACCGUGGAGCAACUUGGCAUCCUGGCUGUCUAUUUCAAAUCAGACCUCUGCAACGCACUUAACUUUAAUGUGAAGAGGAAGUUCCUUUCAGUCCUGAGGGAGCAGAAGAUCCCUAUGUGGAAGAUAAGGACAUUCUUUACAGAAUGCAACUCAGAAAGCGCUACAGUGAGCAACAUCACAGCAGCAACAAUUGCAGAUGCGUCAUUUCCCUUCGGCUUUAACUCCACCCAGUUCGAUCUGUAUCUGGACGUCGCUGUCCUGCAGGACAACCUGGCAGCCAUCACUGAGAAAGUGGUGGACACCAGCCUCCAGACUGUCAUUCUGAACAAGUUAAAUCAGAUUUACACAUCGGGCCUUAAUGAUGGUGUGCUGCAGCUACUGGGUUCCACUUCUCGUGUGGCCAGUAUUGAUGACAUUAGCAACUGGAACAUUACUAUAAUUGACACGCUGUCCUCUUUGAUGGACUCAAAGGAUGGACAGUGGGAACCAGAAAAGAGUAAAGCAGUGAUUAUGAGGUAUCUGAGCAUGGAUAAUCGCUCUAUGGGAAGUGCUGAAAUAAGUGUAGUUGGUGCCAACAUCUGUACUUUAGACAUCAGUGUACUGGAAAAUAUCUCUGCUGAGAGCCUAAAGGCGCUCCUGUCUCCAGAUCUGUCCUCAUGUUCCAUCGAACAGAAAUCUGCUCUGUACAUCAUCGCCAACUCUUCAUUCAGCAAUCAACGCAGCAAUGCCAUAACAUACUACCAACUCAUGAGUCCUUACCUGGGUGGAGCUCCUGUAGAGGAUAUACAAGCUCUUUCUGCCCUGAACAUCAGCAUGGACAUCACCAUAUUCAUGAGUCUGAACCCUGCUGUUCUCCAGAUCCUGAAUGUGAGCACGGUUAGGUAUCUAAUGGGGGUAAACAUAGCUGAUCUGAAGCUGUUUGAGAACUCCUCAGUGGUUCAGUCCUGGGUGUCACAACAGAACCAAUCUGAUCUGAACACGCUGAAUCUUGGCAUCAUCAACCACAACCCUUGUCAGGGUGUAGACAUUUACCCACUAGAAAGCGAGUUUGCAUCUGGAAUUGUUUCUGCAGUACUGUGCAACUUCAGCAUCCCUGACUAUGCGUGUUCAUCAGUUGUUCUGUCCUCUGAUGAUCUGGUCACACUGCUCACAUGCACACUGGAACGUAGCGUGAACUACUCUAAAGAAGCAUGGACGCUUUUCUUCCAGAAUUUUGCUGGACCUUUGGAUGAAGCACUGGACAAGUUUUCAAACAUGACCCACAGCAGCGUUCAAUCUGACCCAAAACUACUUGAUGCCAUCGGGGAGGUGAUAAUCAAGAACUUCACCACGGCGCAGCUGAUGAAUGCCACUUUCAUCACACAGUGGUUCCAGAUGAGACUCAGACCAUUUUUGUCAUCAGUUUCCAGAGACUUUUUGUCCAGCCUCAGUUCCAAAACCUUCAGCUGUGAGAGCUACCAAAAUGUGGUGGAAGCUCUCAGUAGUCAAGAAUCACUCAUGACAGAGGAACAGAAGCAGUUUGUCUUUACUUCCUUCAUCUUUCCCUUCCUGUCAAGAAGGCAGCUGCCAGACCCUGGCUGUGUUUCCAACACUUCUAGCAGCAUUAACUGGCUCGAAAAGAACCUUGGCGAUUUCUCCAAUUAUGCGUCUUUGGAAGAGCUGAAAAUUCUAAAUGCAAACUUCUCUAGCGUUGCAGUGUUAGGCUUACUGUCCAGUGAGCAGAAGGCACAGUUCAUCUUGCAGCCGGAUUCAGGAGUGUUGGGAAAUGACUCUGUGUUUAGAGAGGUGUUUAGCAGUGUGAUCACAUCUUUAGAUCUGAAUCAACUUGGCGGCUUUUUCACAGCCUUCAAUCAGACUGCAAUACAAAUGAACUUGACCAGCAUUCCUCCAACAAUAUCAGACGCCAUUCUGAACAUGACGCUCUUGUAUCUGGUGCCUCACUUCCAAAGUUUCAGCCCAGAUGACUUUGCCCUGUGGUUCCAGACUUACCUUUCCUUCUUCCUUCCUGGGAUUGGUCCAAACACCCUGUCCAUCAUCCCCAUGAACAUCAGCUGUGACUCCUACAGAGAGAUAGUGAAAGGACUUGAUCAUGUGUACAGUGACCUCUCUGCAGCACAGUCCAACAUUGUCUUCAAUUACACACAAGACUAUCUCAAGUACCAGUCCAGCCAAGGCCUGAGCUGCUAUGACAGCGGAAGCUUCUACAUGUUCCUGAAAGGGCUGUUCCUCAGUUUUGGAUUCCCCGACCUGAAGGAUUUCCUGUCUCUGAUCCCACCUGACCGACAGGAAGAGCUUUUGGACUCCAUCUCUCCUGAAGAACUCAGCGAGUUUCUGAACAGGCCGAACACAGUCGUUAAUGGUUCUGAGCUCUGCACACUCCUCAACAGCUACAAUAGAACCGAUCAGUUCCUGGAGAUGGAGCCUGUUUUGUCCUCAGCUCUGGCCAGCCACACGUUGGAGUGUGUGUGGCCUCGAGCUCUCAGUGCCUCAUCUCAGGCUGAUGUAGAACAGUGGUUUAAUGUCACCCUGGUUCACUACCUGCCCUACCUCAGUUCUCAGCUCAUCAGUGCUGCCGAACUCAGUGGCGCCUCCUGUCUGUCAUACAGGAAACUGGUGUCUGUCCUGGGGGACAACUACAACUUUUCCGCGACUGAUUUCACCCCGGCUGAUGUGUACAGCUCUAUGAAAGUGUAUCUGAACAGCAGCGAUGGCAGCCCCCGCUGCUAUAACUCCUCAGAUCCUCUUCUGAACUCCAGUGCCUGGUUUGUUGACAACAUCGGAUUCUUCAUCACUUUCAUCAACCUCGUUGAUCUGCAAACAUUCCUAUCAGGAAGCAUGAUAAGUGUGUUCCUGGAGAACUCAGAAAAUCUUCAGCUGUUCAACAACUCAGGAAUUUCAGCUAGUGUCCUCGAGUACUAUACAACAGCGUUAUACAUCCAGAAUCCUGAAUUCAGCCCACUCGGUUUGCCAGCUGAGCUGCUGUGUCAAACUCCUUCCUCCGUGUUUGUUCAUCUUGGAGAUGCAGACGUCAAGACCAUCCUGGCGAGCAUCAACAACUUCUGCAGAGAAAUUAAUCCGGAGGUCACAGCGGUGCUGGUAGCAAAGUUCCCCAAUGUAUCUGCAUCCACCAUCCAAUCUUUGGGCAGCCAAUGUGUGGGCCUGACUGUGGGCCAGAUAAGCUCCGCCCCCUCCGAUGUGAUAAACAGUGCUCUGUCUACACUCGGUAACAUCAGUGGCUGGGAUCAGGGCCAAAUGAACGCUCUCAUCCAGAGCAUCAUUAGUGCAGGCUUUAAUAUCAGCAGUGCCUCCUCUCUGGUGUCCCUGGGAACACUCAUCGGUGGCGUUCCCUCUACAACCAUCUCCAACAUCCCAUCUUCUCAGCUUCUCUCCUUAUCGCAGAAUCCAACAUUCAUCAAUAACAUUCUGUCAGCACCAGUUAUUCUGCAACAGACAUUUGUCCAGAAGGUAAUCUCUGUAGACCAAACCGAAGUGAUACAGAAUGUUCCGGAUGCACUGGUGAUGUAUAUUCCACUUGUUCUACUGACAUCACUGAGCUCUGUUGACAUUUCCCUCAUCAAUAACAAGAGCUGGAGUCAUGAACAGGCUAUGGUGUUGUUUGGUGCAGUGGCCAGUGCCAGUGAUAAUCCAGAAGAUCUGUCAGCAUCAGUACUGCAGGGAUUCUCCUGCAGCUCAGUUCAGACUCUCCCACAGCAAAAAAACAAAGGUCUAGUGAAAGCCUGUAGACCACGUGCAGGCAGAGACAAGGUCCUCCUGAAAGAGGCUCAGCUGACCUGCAUGUACAACUAUGUGAAAGACGAUCCAUUUGUUGACUUUAUCGACGUCCCCUCUGAUAUGCUUCUGUACUACAGCUAUGAGAAGAUACAGAAGGUGAACUGCCAGUCAUAUUUCAGUGCCCUGGGCAGAGCAGAUUUCUCUGUUCUUUCCCCUGCGCUUGACAAAAAGACCAUCCUGUUCAACGAUGCAAAGGACUGCUUGGGUAUAUCUGGCGUGAGUCUGACCAGGGAUCAGGUGGAGGUUCUAGGGAAUAUGGCCUGCACACUGGACUCCUCCUACAUCCAAAAUUCUGACCCUCUCAUUUUGGAGAAACUCAAGAACUGUGGAGAUCUAUCUGAUUCUCAGAUUUCCGCUGUACAGUCACGGCUCCUCAGUGGGAACACCGCGUACGGUAAUCCCUCCACAUGGAAUGAGCAGACCGUGGAGCAACUUGGCAUCCUGGCUGUCUAUUUCAAAUCAGACCUCUGCAACGCACUUAACUUUAAUGUGAAGAGGAAGUUCCUUUCAGUCCUGAGGGAGCAGAAGAUCCCUAUGUGGAAGAUAAGGACAUUCUUUACAGAAUGCAACUCAGAAAGCGCUACAGUGAGCAACAUCACAGCAGCAACAAUUGCAGAUGCGUCAUUUCCCUUCGGCUUUAACUCCACCCAGUUCGAUCUGUAUCUGGACGUCGCUGUCCUGCAGGACAACCUGGCAGCCAUCACUGAGAAAGUGGUGGACACCAGCCUCCAGACUGUCAUUCUGAACAAGUUAAAUCAGAUUUACACAUCGGGCCUUAAUGAUGGUGUGCUGCAGCUACUGGGUUCCACUUCUCGUGUGGCCAGUAUUGAUGACAUUAGCAACUGGAACAUUACUAUAAUUGACACGCUGUCCUCUUUGAUGGACUCAAAGGAUGGACAGUGGGAACCAGAAAAGAGUAAAGCAGUGAUUAUGAGGUAUCUGAGCAUGGAUAAUCGCUCUAUGGGAAGUGCUGAAAUAAGUGUAGUUGGUGCCAACAUCUGUACUUUAGACAUCAGUGUACUGGAAAAUAUCUCUGCUGAGAGCCUAAAGGCGCUCCUGUCUCCAGAUCUGUCCUCAUGUUCCAUCGAACAGAAAUCUGCUCUGUACAUCAUCGCCAACUCUUCAUUCAGCAAUCAACGCAGCAAUGCCAUAACAUACUACCAACUCAUGAGUCCUUACCUGGGUGGAGCUCCUGUAGAGGAUAUACAAGCUCUUUCUGCCCUGAACAUCAGCAUGGACAUCACCAUAUUCAUGAGUCUGAACCCUGCUGUUCUCCAGAUCCUGAAUGUGAGCACGGUUAGGUAUCUAAUGGGGGUAAACAUAGCUGAUCUGAAGCUGUUUGAGAACUCCUCAGUGGUUCAGUCCUGGGUGUCACAACAGAACCAAUCUGAUCUGAACACGCUGAAUCUUGGCAUCAUCAACCACAACCCUUGUCAGGGUGUAGACAUUUACCCACUAGAAAGCGAGUUUGCAUCUGGAAUUGUUUCUGCAGUACUGUGCAACUUCAGCAUCCCUGACUAUGCGUGUUCAUCAGUUGUUCUGUCCUCUGAUGAUCUGGUCACACUGCUCACAUGCACACUGGAACGUAGCGUGAACUACUCUAAAGAAGCAUGGACGCUUUUCUUCCAGAAUUUUGCUGGACCUUUGGAUGAAGCACUGGACAAGUUUUCAAACAUGACCCACAGCAGCGUUCAAUCUGACCCAAAACUACUUGAUGCCAUCGGGGAGGUGAUAAUCAAGAACUUCACCACGGCGCAGCUGAUGAAUGCCACUUUCAUCACACAGUGGUUCCAGAUGAGACUCAGACCAUUUUUGUCAUCAGUUUCCAGAGACUUUUUGUCCAGCCUCAGUUCCAAAACCUUCAGCUGUGAGAGCUACCAAAAUGUGGUGGAAGCUCUCAGUAGUCAAGAAUCACUCAUGACAGAGGAACAGAAGCAGUUUGUCUUUACUUCCUUCAUCUUUCCCUUCCUGUCAAGAAGGCAGCUGCCAGACCCUGGCUGUGUUUCCAACACUUCUAGCAGCAUUAACUGGCUCGAAAAGAACCUUGGCGAUUUCUCCAAUUAUGCGUCUUUGGAAGAGCUGAAAAUUCUAAAUGCAAACUUCUCUAGCGUUGCAGUGUUAGGCUUACUGUCCAGUGAGCAGAAGGCACAGUUCAUCUUGCAGCCGGAUUCAGGAGUGUUGGGAAAUGACUCUGUGUUUAGAGAGGUGUUUAGCAGUGUGAUCACAUCUUUAGAUCUGAAUCAACUUGGCGGCUUUUUCACAGCCUUCAAUCAGACUGCAAUACAAAUGAACUUGACCAGCAUUCCUCCAACAAUAUCAGACGCCAUUCUGAACAUGACGCUCUUGUAUCUGGUGCCUCACUUCCAAAGUUUCAGCCCAGAUGACUUUGCCCUGUGGUUCCAGACUUACCUUUCCUUCUUCCUUCCUGGGAUUGGUCCAAACACCCUGUCCAUCAUCCCCAUGAACAUCAGCUGUGACUCCUACAGAGAGAUAGUGAAAGGACUUGAUCAUGUGUACAGUGACCUCUCUGCAGCACAGUCCAACAUUGUCUUCAAUUACACACAAGACUAUCUCAAGUACCAGUCCAGCCAAGGCCUGAGCUGCUAUGACAGCGGAAGCUUCUACAUGUUCCUGAAAGGGCUGUUCCUCAGUUUUGGAUUCCCCGACCUGAAGGAUUUCCUGUCUCUGAUCCCACCUGACCGACAGGAAGAGCUUUUGGACUCCAUCUCUCCUGAAGAACUCAGCGAGUUUCUGAACAGGCCGAACACAGUCGUUAAUGGUUCUGAGCUCUGCACACUCCUCAACAGCUACAAUAGAACCGAUCAGUUCCUGGAGAUGGAGCCUGUUUUGUCCUCAGCUCUGGCCAGCCACACGUUGGAGUGUGUGUGGCCUCGAGCUCUCAGUGCCUCAUCUCAGGCUGAUGUAGAACAGUGGUUUAAUGUCACCCUGGUUCACUACCUGCCCUACCUCAGUUCUCAGCUCAUCAGCGCUGCCGAACUCAGUGGCGCCUCCUGUCUGACAUACAGGAAACUGGUGUCUGUCCUGGGGGACAACUACAACUUUUCCGCGACUGAUUUCACCCCGGCUGAUGUGUACAGCUCUAUGAAAGUGUAUCUGAACAGCAGCGAUGGCAGCCCCCGCUGCUAUAACUCCUCAGAUCCUCUUCUGAACUCCAGUGCCUGGUUUGUUGACAACAUCGGAUUCUUCAUCACUUUCAUCAACCUCGUUGAUCUGCAAACAUUCCUAUCAGGAAGCAUGAUAAGUGUGUUCCUGGAGAACUCAGAAAAUCUUCAGCUGUUCAACAACUCAGGAAUUUCAGCUAGUGUCCUCGAGUACUAUACAACAGCGUUAUACAUCCAGAAUCCUGAAUUCAGCCCACUCGGUUUGCCAGCUGAGCUGCUGUGUCAAACUCCUUCCUCCGUGUUUGUUCAUCUUGGAGAUGCAGACGUCAAGACCAUCCUGGCGAGCAUCAACAACUUCUGCAGAGAAAUUAAUCCGGAGGUCACAGCGGUGCUGGUAGCAAAGUUCCCCAAUGUAUCUGCAUCCACCAUCCAAUCUUUGGGCAGCCAAUGUGUGGGCCUGACUGUGGGCCAGAUAAGCUCCGCCCCCUCCGAUGUGAUAAACAGUGCUCUGUCUACACUCGGUAACAUCAGUGGCUGGGAUCAGGGCCAAAUGAACGCUCUCAUCCAGAGCAUCAUUAGUGCAGGCUUUAAUAUCAGCAGUGCCUCCUCUCUGGUGUCCCUGGGAACACUCAUCGGUGGCGUUCCCUCUACAACCAUCUCCAACAUCCCAUCUUCUCAGCUUCUCUCCUUAUCGCAGAAUCCAACAUUCAUCAAUAACAUUCUGUCAGCACCAGUUAUUCUGCAACAGACAUUUGUCCAGAAGGUAAUCUCUGUAGACCAAACCGAAGUGAUACAGAAUGUUCCGGAUGCACUGGUGAUGUAUAUUCCACUUGUUCUACUGACAUCACUGAGCUCUGUUGACAUUUCCCUCAUCAAUAACAAGAGCUGGAGUCAUGAACAGGCUAUGGUGUUGUUUGGUGCAGUGGCCAGUGCCAGUGAUAAUCCAGAAGAUCUGUCAGCAUCAGUACUGCAGGGAUUCUCCUGCAGCUCAGUUCAGACUCUCCCACAGCAAAAAAACAAAGGUCUAGUGAAAGCCUGUAGACCACGUGCAGGCAGAGACAAGGUCCUCCUGAAAGAGGCUCAGCUGACCUGCAUGUACAACUAUGUGAAAGACGAUCCAUUUGUUGACUUUAUCGACGUCCCCUCUGAUAUGCUUCUGUACUACAGCUAUGAGAAGAUACAGAAGGUGAACUGCCAGUCAUAUUUCAGUGCCCUGGGCAGAGCAGAUUUCUCUGUUCUUUCCCCUGCGCUUGACAAAAAGACCAUCCUGUUCAACGAUGCAAAGGACUGCUUGGGUAUAUCUGGCGUGAGUCUGACCAGGGAUCAGGUGGAGGUUCUAGGGAAUAUGGCCUGCACACUGGACUCCUCCUACAUCCAAAAUUCUGACCCUCUCAUUUUGGAGAAACUCAAGAACUGUGGAGAUCUAUCUGAUUCUCAGAUUUCCGCUGUACAGUCACGGCUCCUCAGUGGGAACACCGCGUACGGUAAUCCCUCCACAUGGAAUGAGCAGACCGUGGAGCAACUUGGCAUCCUGGCUGUCUAUUUCAAAUCAGACCUCUGCAACGCACUUAACUUUAAUGUGAAGAGGAAGUUCCUUUCAGUCCUGAGGGAGCAGAAGAUCCCUAUGUGGAAGAUAAGGACAUUCUUUACAGAAUGCAACUCAGAAAGCGCUACAGUGAGCAACAUCACAGCAGCAACAAUUGCAGAUGCGUCAUUUCCCUUCGGCUUUAACUCCACCCAGUUCGAUCUGUAUCUGGACGUCGCUGUCCUGCAGGACAACCUGGCAGCCAUCACUGAGAAAGUGGUGGACACCAGCCUCCAGACUGUCAUUCUGAACAAGUUAAAUCAGAUUUACACAUCGGGCCUUAAUGAUGGUGUGCUGCAGCUACUGGGUUCCACUUCUCGUGUGGCCAGUAUUGAUGACAUUAGCAACUGGAACAUUACUAUAAUUGACACGCUGUCCUCUUUGAUGGACUCAAAGGAUGGACAGUGGGAACCAGAAAAGAGUAAAGCAGUGAUUAUGAGGUAUCUGAGCAUGGAUAAUCGCUCUAUGGGAAGUGCUGAAAUAAGUGUAGUUGGUGCCAACAUCUGUACUUUAGACAUCAGUGUACUGGAAAAUAUCUCUGCUGAGAGCCUAAAGGCGCUCCUGUCUCCAGAUCUGUCCUCAUGUUCCAUCGAACAGAAAUCUGCUCUGUACAUCAUCGCCAACUCUUCAUUCAGCAAUCAACGCAGCAAUGCCAUAACAUACUACCAACUCAUGAGUCCUUACCUGGGUGGAGCUCCUGUAGAGGAUAUACAAGCUCUUUCUGCCCUGAACAUCAGCAUGGACAUCACCAUAUUCAUGAGUCUGAACCCUGCUGUUCUCCAGAUCCUGAAUGUGAGCACGGUUAGGUAUCUAAUGGGGGUAAACAUAGCUGAUCUGAAGCUGUUUGAGAACUCCUCAGUGGUUCAGUCCUGGGUGUCACAACAGAACCAAUCUGAUCUGAACACGCUGAAUCUUGGCAUCAUCAACCACAACCCUUGUCAGGGUGUAGACAUUUACCCACUAGAAAGCGAGUUUGCAUCUGGAAUUGUUUCUGCAGUACUGUGCAACUUCAGCAUCCCUGACUAUGCGUGUUCAUCAGUUGUUCUGUCCUCUGAUGAUCUGGUCACACUGCUCACAUGCACACUGGAACGUAGCGUGAACUACUCUAAAGAAGCAUGGACGCUUUUCUUCCAGAAUUUUGCUGGACCUUUGGAUGAAGCACUGGACAAGUUUUCAAACAUGACCCACAGCAGCGUUCAAUCUGACCCAAAACUACUUGAUGCCAUCGGGGAGGUGAUAAUCAAGAACUUCACCACGGCGCAGCUGAUGAAUGCCACUUUCAUCACACAGUGGUUCCAGAUGAGACUCAGACCAUUUUUGUCAUCAGUUUCCAGAGACUUUUUGUCCAGCCUCAGUUCCAAAACCUUCAGCUGUGAGAGCUACCAAAUUGUGGUGGAAGCUCUCAGUAGUCAAGAAUCACUCAUGACAGAGGAACAGAAGCAGUUUGUCUUUACUUCCUUCAUCUUUCCCUUCCUGUCAAGAAGGGAGCUGCCAGACCCUGGCUGUGUUUCCAACACUUCUAGCAGCAUUAACUGGCUCGAAAAGAACCUUGGCGAUUUCUCCAAUUAUGCGUCUUUGGAAGAGCUGAAAAUUCUAAAUGCAAACUUCUCUAGCGUUGCAGUGUUAGGCUUACUGUCCAGUGAGCAGAAGGCACAGUUCAUCUUGCAGCCGGAUUCAGGAGUGUUGGGAAAUGACUCUGUGUUUAGAGAGGUGUUUAGCAGUGUGAUCACAUCUUUAGAUCUGAAUCAACUUGGCGGCUUUUUCACAGCCUUCAAUCAGACUGCAAUACAAAUGAACUUGACCAGCAUUCCUCCAACAAUAUCAGACGCCAUUCUGAACAUGACGCUCUUGUAUCUGGUGCCUCACUUCCAAAGUUUCAGCCCAGAUGACUUUGCCCUGUGGUUCCAGACUUACCUUUCCUUCUUCCUUCCUGGGAUUGGUCCAAACACCCUGUCCAUCAUCCCCAUGAACAUCAGCUGUGACUCCUACAGAGAGAUAGUGAAAGGACUUGAUCAUGUGUACAGUGACCUCUCUGCAGCACAGUCCAACAUUGUCUUCAAUUACACACAAGACUAUCUCAAGUACCAGUCCAGCCAAGGCCUGAGCUGCUAUGACAGCGGAAGCUUCUACAUGUUCCUGAAAGGGCUGUUCCUCAGUUUUGGAUUCCCCGACCUGAAGGAUUUCCUGUCUCUGAUCCCACCUGACCGACAGGAAGAGCUUUUGGACUCCAUCUCUCCUGAAGAACUCAGCGAGUUUCUGAACAGGCCGAACACAGUCGUUAAUGGUUCAGAGCUCUGCACACUCCUCAACAGCUACAAUAGAACCGAUCAGUUCCUGGAGAUGGAGCCUGUUUUGUCCUCAGCUCUGGCCAGCCACACGUUGGAGUGUGUGUGGCCUCGAGCUCUCAGUGCCUCAUCUCAGGCUGAUGUAGAACAGUGGUUUAAUGUCACCCUGGUUCACUACCUGCCCUACCUCAGUUCUCAGCUCAUCAGUGCUGCCGAACUCAGUGGCGCCUCCUGUCUGUCAUACAGGAAACUGGUGUCUGUCCUGGGGGACAACUACAACUUUUCCGCGACUGAUUUCACCCCGGCUGAUGUGUACAGCUCUAUGAAAGUGUAUCUGAACAGCAGCGAUGGCAGCCCCCGCUGCUAUAACUCCUCAGAUCCUCUUCUGAACUCCAGUGCCUGGUUUGUUGACAACAUCGGAUUCUUCAUCACUUUCAUCAACCUCGUUGAUCUGCAAACAUUCCUAUCAGGAAGCAUGAUAAGUGUGUUCCUGGAGAACUCAGAAAAUCUUCAGCUGUUCAACAACUCAGGAAUUUCAGCUAGUGUCCUCGAGUACUAUACAACAGCGUUAUACAUCCAGAAUCCUGAAUUCAGCCCACUCGGUUUGCCAGCUGAGCUGCUGUGUCAAACUCCUUCCUCCGUGUUUGUUCAUCUUGGAGAUGCAGACGUCAAGACCAUCCUGGCGAGCAUCAACAACUUCUGCAGAGAAAUUAAUCCGGAGGUCACAGCGGUGCUGGUAGCAAAGUUCCCCAAUGUAUCUGCAUCCACCAUCCAAUCUUUGGGCAGCCAAUGUGUGGGCCUGACUGUGGGCCAGAUAAGCUCCGCCCCCUCCGAUGUGAUAAACAGUGCUCUGUCUACACUCGGUAACAUCAGUGGCUGGGAUCAGGGCCAAAUGAACGCUCUCAUCCAGAGCAUCAUUAGUGCAGGCUUUAAUAUCAGCAGUGCCUCCUCUCUGGUGUCCCUGGGAACACUCAUCGGUGGCGUUCCCUCUACAACCAUCUCCAACAUCCCAUCUUCUCAGCUUCUCUCCUUAUCGCAGAAUCCAACAUUCAUCAAUAACAUUCUGUCAGCACCAGUUAUUCUGCAACAGACAUUUGUCCAGAAGGUAAUCUCUGUAGACCAAACCGAAGUGAUACAGAAUGUUCCGGAUGCACUGGUGAUGUAUAUUCCACUUGUUCUACUGACAUCACUGAGCUCUGUUGACAUUUCCCUCAUCAAUAACAAGAGCUGGAGUCAUGAACAGGCUAUGGUGUUGUUUGGUGCAGUGGCCAGUGCCAGUGAUAAUCCAGAAGAUCUGUCAGCAUCAGUACUGCAGGGAUUCUCCUGCAGCUCAGUUCAGACUCUCCCACAGCAAAAAAACAAAGGUCUAGUGAAAGCCUGUAGACCACGUGCAGGCAGAGACAAGGUCCUCCUGAAAGAGGCUCAGCUGACCUGCAUGUACAACUAUGUGAAAGACGAUCCAUUUGUUGACUUUAUCGACGUCCCCUCUGAUAUGCUUCUGUACUACAGCUAUGAGAAGAUACAGAAGGUGAACUGCCAGUCAUAUUUCAGUGCCCUGGGCAGAGCAGAUUUCUCUGUUCUUUCCCCUGCGCUUGACAAAAAGACCAUCCUGUUCAACGAUGCAAAGGACUGCUUGGGUAUAUCUGGCGUGAGUCUGACCAGGGAUCAGGUGGAGGUUCUAGGGAAUAUGGCCUGCACACUGGACUCCUCCUACAUCCAAAAUUCUGACCCUCUCAUUUUGGAGAAACUCAAGAACUGUGGAGAUCUAUCUGAUUCUCAGAUUUCCGCUGUACAGUCACGGCUCCUCAGUGGGAACACCGCGUACGGUAAUCCCUCCACAUGGAAUGAGCAGACCGUGGAGCAACUUGGCAUCCUGGCUGUCUAUUUCAAAUCAGACCUCUGCAACGCACUUAACUUUAAUGUGAAGAGGAAGUUCCUUUCAGUCCUGAGGGAGCAGAAGAUCCCUAUGUGGAAGAUAAGGACAUUCUUUACAGAAUGCAACUCAGAAAGCGCUACAGUGAGCAACAUCACAGCAGCAACAAUUGCAGAUGCGUCAUUUCCCUUCGGCUUUAACUCCACCCAGUUCGAUCUGUAUCUGGACGUCGCUGUCCUGCAGGACAACCUGGCAGCCAUCACUGAGAAAGUGGUGGACACCAGCCUCCAGACUGUCAUUCUGAACAAGUUAAAUCAGAUUUACACAUCGGGCCUUAAUGAUGGUGUGCUGCAGCUACUGGGUUCCACUUCUCGUGUGGCCAGUAUUGAUGACAUUAGCAACUGGAACAUUACUAUAAUUGACACGCUGUCCUCUUUGAUGGACUCAAAGGAUGGACAGUGGGAACCAGAAAAGAGUAAAGCAGUGAUUAUGAGGUAUCUGAGCAUGGAUAAUCGCUCUAUGGGAAGUGCUGAAAUAAGUGUAGUUGGUGCCAACAUCUGUACUUUAGACAUCAGUGUACUGGAAAAUAUCUCUGCUGAGAGCCUAAAGGCGCUCCUGUCUCCAGAUCUGUCCUCAUGUUCCAUCGAACAGAAAUCUGCUCUGUACAUCAUCGCCAACUCUUCAUUCAGCAAUCAACGCAGCAAUGCCAUAACAUACUACCAACUCAUGAGUCCUUACCUGGGUGGAGCUCCUGUAGAGGAUAUACAAGCUCUUUCUGCCCUGAACAUCAGCAUGGACAUCACCAUAUUCAUGAGUCUGAACCCUGCUGUUCUCCAGAUCCUGAAUGUGAGCACGGUUAGGUAUCUAAUGGGGGUAAACAUAGCUGAUCUGAAGCUGUUUGAGAACUCCUCAGUGGUUCAGUCCUGGGUGUCACAACAGAACCAAUCUGAUCUGAACACGCUGAAUCUUGGCAUCAUCAACCACAACCCUUGUCAGGGUGUAGACAUUUACCCACUAGAAAGCGAGUUUGCAUCUGGAAUUGUUUCUGCAGUACUGUGCAACUUCAGCAUCCCUGACUAUGCGUGUUCAUCAGUUGUUCUGUCCUCUGAUGAUCUGGUCACACUGCUCACAUGCACACUGGAACGUAGCGUGAACUACUCUAAAGAAGCAUGGACGCUUUUCUUCCAGAAUUUUGCUGGACCUUUGGAUGAAGCACUGGACAAGUUUUCAAACAUGACCCACAGCAGCGUUCAAUCUGACCCAAAACUACUUGAUGCCAUCGGGGAGGUGAUAAUCAAGAACUUCACCACGGCGCAGCUGAUGAAUGCCACUUUCAUCACACAGUGGUUCCAGAUGAGACUCAGACCAUUUUUGUCAUCAGUUUCCAGAGACUUUUUGUCCAGCCUCAGUUCCAAAACCUUCAGCUGUGAGAGCUACCAAAUUGUGGUGGAAGCUCUCAGUAGUCAAGAAUCACUCAUGACAGAGGAACAGAAGCAGUUGGUCUUUACUUCCUUCAUCUUUCCCUUCCUGUCAAGAAGGCAGCUGCCAGACCCUGGCUGUGUUUCCAACACUUCUAGCAGCAUUAACUGGCUCGAAAAGAACCUUGGCGAUUUCUCCAAUUAUGCGUCUUUGGAAGAGCUGAAAAUUCUAAAUGCAAACUUCUCUAGCGUUGCAGUGUUAGGCUUACUGUCCAGUGAGCAGAAGGCACAGUUCAUCUUGCAGCCGGAUUCAGGAGUGUUGGGAAAUGACUCUGUGUUUAGAGAGGUGUUUAGCAGUGUGAUCACAUCUUUAGAUCUGAAUCAACUUGGCGGCUUUUUCACAGCCUUCAAUCAGACUGCAAUACAAAUGAACUUGACCAGCAUUCCUCCAACAAUAUCAGACGCCAUUCUGAACAUGACGCUCUUGUAUCUGGUGCCUCACUUCCAAAGGUUCAGCCCAGAUGACUUUGCCCUGUGGUUCCAGACUUACCUUUCCUUCUUCCUUCCUGGGAUUGGUCCAAACACCCUGUCCAUCAUCCCCAUGAACAUCAGCUGUGACUCCUACAGAGAGAUAGUGAAAGGACUUGAUCAUGUGUACAGUGACCUCUCUGCAGCACAGUCCAACAUUGUCUUCACUUACACACAAGACUAUCUCAAGUACCAGUCCAGCCAAGGCCUGAGCUGCUAUGACAGCGGAAGCUUCUACAUGUUCCUGAAAGGGCUGUUCCUCAGUUUUGGAUUCCCCGACCUGAAGGAUUUCCUGUCUCUGAUCCCACCUGACCGACAGGAAGAGCUUUUGGACUCCAUCUCUCCUGAAGAACUCAGCGAGUUUCUGAACAGGCCGAACACAGUCGUUAAUGGUUCAGAGCUCUGCACACUCCUCAACAGCUACAAUAGAACCGAUCAGUUCCUGGAGAUGGAGCCUGUUUUAUCCUCAGCUCUAGCCAGCCACACGUUGGAGUGUGUGUGGCCUCGAGUUCUCAGUGCCUCAUCUCAGGCUGAUGUAGAACAGUGGUUUAAUGUCACCCUGGUUCACUACCUGCCCUACCUCAGUUCUCAGCUCAUCAGCGCUGCCGAACUCAGUGGCGCCUCCUGUCUGUCAUACAGGAAACUGGUGUCUGUCCUGGGGGACAACUACAACUUUUCCGCGACUGAUUUCACCCCGGCUGAUGUGUACAGCUCUAUGAAAGUGUAUCUGAACAGCAGCGAUGGCAGCCCCCGCUGCUAUAACUCCUCAGAUCCUCUUCUGAACUCCAGUGCCUGGUUUGUUGACAACAUCGGAUUCUUCAUCACUUUCAUCAACCUCGUUGAUCUGCAAACAUUCCUAUCAGGAAGCAUGAUAAGUGUGUUCCUGGAGAACUCAGAAAAUCUUCAGCUGUUCAACAACUCAGGAAUUUCAGCUAGUGUCCUCAAGUACUAUACAACAGCGUUAUACAUCCAGAAUCCUGACUUCAGCCCACUCGGUUUGCCAGCUGAGCUGCUGUGUCAAACUCCUUCCUCCGUGUUUGUUCAUCUUGGAGAUGCAGACGUCAAGACCAUCCUGGCGAGCAUCAACAACUUCUGCAGAGAAAUUAAUCCGGAGGUCACAGCGGUGCUGGUAGCAAAGUUCCCCAAUGUAUCUGCAUCCACCAUCCAAUCUUUGGGCAGCCAAUGUGUGGGCCUGACUGUGGGCCAGAUAAGCUCCGCCCCCUCCGAUGUGAUAAACAGUGCUCUGUCUACACUCGGUAACAUCAGUGGCUGGGAUCAGGGCCAAAUGAACGCUCUCAUCCAGAGCAUCAUUAGUGCAGGCUUUAAUAUCAGCAGUGCCUCCUCUCUGGUGUCCCUGGGAACACUCAUCGGUGGCGUUCCCUCUACAACCAUCUCCAACAUCCCAUCUUCUCAGCUUCUCUCCUUAUCGCAGAAUCCAACAUUCAUCAAUAACAUUCUGUCAGCACCAGUUAUUCUGCAACAGACAUUUGUCCAGAAGGUAAUCUCUGUAGACCAAACCGAAGUGAUACAGAAUGUUCCGGAUGCACUGGUGAUGUAUAUUCCACUUGUUCUACUGACAUCACUGAGCUCUGUUGACAUUUCCCUCAUCAAUAACAAGAGCUGGAGUCAUGAACAGGCUAUGGUGUUGUUUGGUGCAGUGGCCAGUGCCAGUGAUAAUCCAGAAGAUCUGUCAGCAUCAGUACUGCAGGGAUUCUCCUGCAGCUCAGUUCAGACUCUCCCACAGCAAAAAAACAAAGAUCUAGUGAAAGCCUGUAGACCACGUGCAGGCAGAGACAAGGUCCUCCUGAAAGAGGCUCAGCUGACCUGCAUGUACAACUAUGUGAAAGACGAUCCAUUUGUUGACUUUACCGACGUCCCCUCUGAUAUGCUUCUGUACUACAGCUAUGAGAAGAUACAGAAGGUGAACUGCCAGUCAUAUUUCAGUGCCCUGGGCAGAGCAGAUUUCUCUGUUCUUUCCCCUGCCCUUGACAAAAAGACCAUCCUGUUCAACGAUGCAAAGGACUGCUUGGGUAUAUCUGGCGUGAGUCUGACCAGGGAUCAGGUGGAGGUUCUAGGGAAUAUGGCCUGCACACUGGACUCCUCCUACAUCCAAAAUUCUGACCCUCUCAUUUUGGAGAAACUCAAGAACUGUGGAGAUCUAUCUGAUUCUCAGAUUAUCGCAGUACAGUCACGGCUCCUCAGUGGGAACACCGCGUACGGUAAUCCCUCCACAUGGAAUGAGCAGACCGUGGAGCAACUUGGCAUCCUGGCUGUCUAUUUCAAAUCAGACCUCUGCAACGCACUUAACUUUAAUGUGAAGAGGAAGUUCCUUUCAGUCCUGAGGGAGCAGAAGAUCCCUAUGUGGAAGAUAAGCACAUUCUUUACAGAAUGCAAUUCAGAAAGCGCUACAGUGAGCAACAUCACAGCGGCAACAAUUGCAGAUGCGUCAUUUCCUUUCGGCUUUAACUCCACCCAGUUCGAUCUGUAUCUGGAUGUCGCUGUCCUGCAGGACAACCUGGCAGCCAUCACUGAGAAAGUGGUGGACACCAGCCUCCAGACUGUCAUUCUGGACAAGUUAAAUCAGAUUUACACAUCGGGCCUUAAUGAUGGUGUGCUGCAGCUACUGGGUUCCACUUCUCGUGUGGCCAGUAUUGAUGACAUUAGCAACUGGAACAUUACCAUAAUUGACACGCUGUCCUCUUUGAUGGACUCAAAGGAUGGACAGUGGGAACCAGAAAAGAGUAAAGCAGUGAUUAUGAGGUAUCUGAGCAUGGAUAAUCGCUCUAUGGGAAGUGCUGAAAUAAGUGUAGUUGGUGCCAACAUCUGUACUUUAGACAUCAGUGUACUGGAAAAUAUCUCUGCUGAGAGCCUAAAGGCGCUCCUGUCUCCAGAUCUGUCCUCAUGUUCCAUCGAACAGAAAUCUGCUCUGUACAUCAUCGCCAACUCUUCAUUCAGCAAUCAACGCAGCAAUGCAAUAACAUACUACCAACUCAUGAGUCCUUACCUGGGUGGAGCUCCUUUGGAGGACAUACAAGCCCUUUCGACUAAUCGCAUCAGCAUGGACAUCACCAUAUUCACUAGUCUGAAUCCUGCUGUACUUAAGGCCCUGAAUGUGAGCACAGUGCAAGCUUUAAUGGGGGUAAAUGUGGCAGACUUGAAGCUGUUUGAGAACUCUUCAGCGGUUCAGUCCUGGGUGUCACAACAGAACCAGUCUGAUUUAGAUAUGCUGAACCUUGGCAUCAUCAACACCAAUGGCAGUAAUUAUACCGCCAUCAUCAGUACAACCACUUCUAGUACCAGAACAGCUACUGACACUGCCACAUCUGCCAAUUUCACUAAAAUGACUACAGUAAUCAACACACCUGCCAUUACCAGUGCCAUCCUCACCACCACUGCUUUCCCCACUAAAAGUUUCAAAGUAACUUCAGUUGGAACAACUGUCAACACAACUGCCACUGCCAAUCCCCUCCUUACCACCACUGCUUCCAAUACUACAAGUAUGAGAAUGACCUCUUCUACUGCAACAAAUGUCAACAUAACUGCCACUGCCAAUCCCCUCCUUACCACCACUGCUUCCAACACUACAAGUAACAGAAUCACCACUUCUACUGCAACAAAUGUCAACAUAACGGCCAAUCCCCUCCUUACCACCACUGCUUCCAACACUGCAAGUAACAGAAUCACCACUUUUACUGCAACAAAUGUCAACAUAACUGCCAAUCCCCUCCUUACCACCACUGCUUCCAACACUACAAGUAUGAGAAUGACCACUUCUGCUGCAACAAAUGUCAACAUAACUGCCACUGCCAAUCCCCUCCUUACCACCACUGCUUCCAACACUGCAAGUAACAGAAUCACCACUUUUACUGCAACAAAUGUCAACAUAACUGCCAAUCCCCUCCUUACCACCACUGCUUCCAACACUACAAGUAACAGAAUCACCACUUCUGCUGCAACAAAUGUCAACAUAACUGCCACUGCCAAUCCCCUCCUUACCACCACUGCUUCCAACACUACAAGUACAAGAGUGACCACUUCUACUGCAACAAAUGUCAACAUAACGGCCAAUCCCCUCCUUGCCACCACUGCUUCCAACACUACAAGUAUGAGAAUGACCACUUCUGCUGCAACAAAUGUCAACAUAACUGCCACUGCCAAUCCCCUCCUUACCACCACUGCUUCCAACACUACAAGUACAAGAGUGACCACUUCUACUGCAACAAAUGUCAACAUAACGGCCAAUCCCCUCCUUACCACCACUGCUUCCAACACUACAAGUAUGAGAAUGACCACUUCUGCUGCAACAAAUGUCAACAUAACAGCCAAUCCCCUCCUUACCACCACUGCUUCCAACACUACAAGUAUGAGAAUGACCACUUCUGCUGCAACAAAUGUCAACAUAACUGCCACUGCCAAUCCCCUCCUUACCACCACUGCUUCCAACACUACAAGUACAAGAGUGACCACUUCUACUGCAACAAAUGUCAACAUAACUGCCAAUCCCCUCCUUACCACCACUGCUUCCAACACUACAAGUAUGAGAAUGACCACUUCUGCUGCAACAAAUGUCAACAUAACUGCCACUGCUAAUCUCCUCCUUACCACCUCUGCUUCCAACACUACAAGUAACAGAAUCAUCACUUCUUUUGAAAGCACAUCUAGUGCCACUGCCAACCCAUGUCAGGAUGUAGACAGUCAAGCAAUUGAGACUACACUCUUGUAUGGAAAUGCUUCUGCAGUACUGUGCAACUUCAGCAUCACUGACUAUGCCUGUUCAUCAGUUGCUGUUCUUUCCACUGAUGAUCUAGCCAAACUGCUAAAAUGUAAACUGACAGGCAUCAUAAAGUACCCCAAAGAAGUUUGGAAACUUUUCUUCCACAAUUUGGCUGCACCUUUGGAUGAAGCCCUGGACAAGGUUUACAACAUGAACCUCAGCAAUGUUGAGGCUGACCCAAGCAUACUUAAUGCUAUCGGGGAGGUGAUAAUCAAUGACUUCACUGCAGCACAGCUGAAGAAUGCCACAUUUGUAACCGAGUGGUUCCAGAUGAGGCUCAGACUAUUUUUAUCAUCAGUGUCCACAGACAUUCUUUCCCACCUCAGUUCCAAGAACUUCAGCUGUGAGACAUACCAAAUUGUGGUGGAGUCUCUCAGUAGUCAAGAGUCACUCAUGAGAGUAGAACAAAGGCAGUCGGUCAUUACUUCUUUCAUCUUUCCCUUCCUGUCAAGAGCUGACCUGCCAGAUCCUGGCUGUGUUUCCAACACUUCUAGCAGCAUUAACUGGCUUGAAAAGAACCUUGGCAAUUUCUCCAUUUAUGCAUCUUCGGAAGAGCUGAAAAUUCUAAAUGCAAAUUUCUCUAGCGUUGCAGUGUUAGGCUUACUGUCCAAUGAGCAGAAGGCACAGUUCAUCUUGCAGCCGGAUUCAGGAGUGUUGGGAAAUGACUCUGUGUUUAGAGAGGUGUUUAGCAGUGUGAUCACAUCUUUAGAUCUGAAUCAACUUGGUGGCUUUUUCACAGCCUUCAUUCAGACUGCAAUACAAAUGAACUUGACCAGCAUUCCUCCAACAAUAUCAGACACCAUUCUGAACAUGACGUUCUUGUAUCUGGUGCCUCACUUCCAAAGUUUCAGCCCAGAUGACUUUGCCCUGUGGUUCCAGACUUAUCUUUCCUUCUUCCUUCCUGGGAUUGGUCCAAACACCCUGUCCAUCAUCCCCAUGAACAUCAGCUGUGACUCCUACAGAGAGAUAGUGAAAGGACUUGAUCAUGUGUACAGUGACCUCUCUGCAGCACAGUCCAACAUUGUCUUCAAUUACACACAAGACUAUCUCAAGUACCAGUCCAGUCAAGGCCUGAGCUGCUAUGACAGCGGAAGCUUCUACAUGUUCCUGAAAGGGCUGUUCCUCAGUUUUGGAUUCCCCGACCUGAAGGAUUUCCUGUCUCUGAUCCCACCUGACCGACAGGAAGAGCUUUUGGACUCCAUCUCUCCUGAAGAACUCAGCGAGUUUCUGAACAGGCCGAACACAGUCGUUAAUGGUUCUGAGCUCUGCACACUCCUCAACAGCUACAAUAGAACCGAUCAGUUCCUGGAGAUGGAGCCUGUUUUGUCCUCAGCUCUGGCCAGCCAAACGUUGGAGUGUGUGUGGCCUCGAGCUCUCAGUGCCUCAUCUCAGGCUGAUGUAGAACAGUGGUUUAAUGUCACCCUGGUUCACUACCUGCCCUACCUCAGUUCUCAGCUCAUCAGUGCUGCCAAACUCAGUGGCGCCUCCUGUCUCUCAUACAGGAAACUGGUGUCUGUCCUGGGGGACAACUACAAUUUUUCUGCAACUGAUUUCACCCCGGCUGAUGUGUACAGCUCUAUGAAAGUGUAUCUGAACAGCAGCGAAGGCAGCCCCCACUGCUAUAACUCCUCAGAUCCUCUUCUGAACUCUACUGCCUGGUUUGCUAAUAACAUUGGAUUCUUCAUAACCUUCAUCACCCUCACCGAUCUCCGGUCAUUUAUAUCAGAUAGCAAGAUUGCUGUGUUCCUGGAGAAUUCCGAAAAUCUUCAGUUGUUUAGUAACUCAGAGAUUUCAGCCAAUGUCACAGAAUACUACACAACUCAAUUAUACAUCCAGAAUCCCAACUUUAGCCCUCUCAGAUUACCAGGUGGACUUCUCUGUGAAGCUCCUGCCUCUGCAUUUGUUCCUCUUGGAAAUGAAGACAGUCAGAUCAUUCUGUCGGGCAUCAACAAAUUCUGCAAUGAAACCAAUCCAGAGAUCACAGCAGCACUGGUGGAAAAGUUUCCUAGUGUGUCAGCACCUACAAUUCAGUUGCUUGGCAGCCAGAGUGUUGGCCUGACUGUUGGCCAGAUAAGCUCCGCCCCCUACAAUGUGAUAAACAGUGCUCUGCCUACACUCAGUAACAUCAGAGGCUGGGACCAGGGCCAAGAAAAUGCCCUCAUCCAGAGCAUCAUUAGUGCAGGCGUUAAUAUCAGCAGUGCCUCUUCUCUGUUAUCUCUGGGAACACUCAUCGGUGGCGUUCCUUCUGCAACAAUCUCCAGCAUCCCAUCUUCUCAGCUUCUGUCUUUAUCCCAGAAUCCAACAUUCAUCAAUAACAUUCUGUCAGCACCAGUUAUUCUUCAAGAAACCUAUGUCCAGCAGGUAAUCUCUGCAGACCAGUCCAAAGUGAUAGAGAAUGUCCCAGAUGCAUUGGUCAUGCAUAUCCCAGUUAUUCUACUGUCAUCACUGAGCUCUGUUGAGAUUUCACUCAUUAAUAACAAGAGCUGGAGUCAUGAACAGGCUAUGAUGUUGUUUGGUGCAGUGGCCAAUACCAGUGAUAAUCCAGAAGAUCUGUCAGCAUCAGUACUGCAGGGAUUCUCCUGUAGCUCAGUUCAGUCUCUCCCACAGCAAAAAACCAAAGAUCUAGUGAAAGCCUGUAGACCACGUGCAGGCAGAGACAAGGUCCUCCUGAAAGAGGCUCAGCUGACCUGCAUUUACAACAACAUGAAAGAAGACUCUGUGAACUUCACUGAUGUCCCUACUGACAUGCUCCUUUACUACAGGUAUGACAAAGUGCAGCAUGGCAGUUGCAGAUCAUAUUUCACUGCUUUGGGAGGAGCAGAUUUCUCUGUUCCAUCAAGUAUCCUCAACAAAACAGCCACCCUGUUCAACAAUGCACGGGACUGCCUGGGUAUAUCUGGUGUGAGUCUGACCAGGGAUCAGGUGGAGGUUCUGGGGAAUAUGGCCUGCACUCUGGACUCCUCCUACAUUGAGAACUCUGACCCUCACAUUUUGGAGAAAAUGAAGAACUGUGGCGAUAUUUCUGACUCCCAGAUCACUGCUGUACAGUCACUGCUGCUCAGUGGUAACACCACUUAUGGUAAUCCUUUAAAGUGGAAUGUGCAGACUCUGGAGCAGCUGAGCAUCCUGCCUCUCUAUUUCAAAUCAGACUUCUGGGGACAGAUCAGCUCUGAUCUAAAAAAGACGUUUCUGAAGAGAUUCAUGCCAUUCCUGAGGAAUCAAAAGACCCCAAUACAGAAACAGAGGAAUUUAUUUACAGAAUGCAACUCCAAAGUGUCCAAAGUCCGUCGUGCUGCAGUAUGCACCACUGGGACCAUCACACCUGUGACAAUUGCAGACGCAUCAUUUCCUGUGGGAUAUGACUCCACUCAGUUCGAUUUGUGUUUGAAUAUCAGUGUCCUGCAAGACAACCUGGCAGCCAUCACUGAGAAAGUGGUGGACACCAGUUUCCAGACCGUCAUUCUAAACAAGUUAAACCAGAUCUACCCAUCAGGCCUUAAUGAUAGUGUGCUACAGCUACUGGGCCCCACAUCUCGUGUGGCAACUAUUGAUGACAUCAGAAAGUGGAACAUUGCCAUAAUUGACACACUGUCCUCCUUGAUGAACUCAGAUAAUGGAAACUGGGCACCAGAGAUGAGUAAAGCAGUGAUUACAAGGUAUCUGAGCGUAGGUAAUCACACUCUGGGCACUACUGAAAUAAAUGCAGUUGGUUCCAGCAUCUGUUCUUUGGAUGUCAAUGUACUGGAAAAUAUCACUGCUGAGAGCUUGAAGAAUGCAAACACUCUGGAUCUGUCCUCAUGUUCCAUUCAACAGAAAUCUGCUCUGUACAUCAUCAGCAACUCCUCAUUCAGUGGACAACGCAGUACUGCAAGAAUAUAUUACCAGCUCAUCAGCCCUUACCUGGGUGGGGCACCUGUGCAAGAUAUACAAUCUCUUUCUACCAAGAAUGUCAGCAUGGACAUCACCACCUUCAUGAAUCUAAACCCUGCUGUUAUCAUGGCCUUAAAUGUAAGCACAGUGCAAGGUCUGCUUCAGAUGAAUUUGCCUGAUCUGAAACUGUUUGAGAACUCCUCAGUGGUUCAGUCCUGGGUGGCUCAGCAGUACCAAUCUGAGUUGAACACCCUGAACAUUGGCCUGACUGGGGGCAAAAUCCCCCUUGUGACAACUCAAUCAACAUUCACUACUGUCACCACCAGCCAGACAAACCAAACGACUUCUGCCAAUACCACAGCUCAGGCAUCGGGUGCACCUAUGUUUCAUGCUGGAACAUGGUUCGUCCUUCUGUGUGUAGGACUCCUGACUAUCACACACACUCUUCACAGAACAUAACUUCAGCUUUUAUCUAUUAUCACAAAUUUUUAUAAUCAUAUCAAAUUGCCGUUAUUCACCAUGUAUCUGUUGUUUCAGUACUGGCAGUGGAAUAUAUUAAUAUAUUUUCACAUAUUUAAAUUAUUAUUAUUAUAGAGUUUAUUACCAACAUUCUUGUAAUACAAUUUCUGUAGAUGGUUGAUUAUGAUGUUUCUCUAUGUUUGAGCAUAUUUGGUCUAUUAUUUUGAAUACAAAUGUUGGGGUAUAAUUAAUCUCAUUUUUAGUCACUUUUAAAAUCUUUAAAUAAUUAAUCUAUUGGUAAUAGUCUUUAUUUCUUUCAAUACAGUGUCAAUAUAUGUAUAUAUGUUGUAAUCAAUGCAUAGUAAAAUUAUUUUCAACUUCAAAAUCACAAUUAGCCUUUAUUCUAUUUGUGAAUAUGAUUAUAGUUUAUUUUCUAAAAUAUGUUACAAUAUUCUGUGUCAUUAUUAGGUCUAGUAAAG